AUGCUGCAAGACCGUGACCGCAAUAUGCCAUCGCACGAACCUCGCAGCUCAUCCUCAUCCAUUACCAGCGACCGCGUUGCGGACCUCCUGAGCUGUGCGGACUUUCGCACAUGUUACGAAGAACUGAGUGUGCUCAGCAGCGCGGACAGAGAGUCCGCGCUUGCGCCGUGCUGUGGUUCUCUAGUAGGCGCGGUGCGGAGUUGGCCGGGUAGCGAAAAUGAGGCCAGCACAGCGGAGGCACUAGGCCGCCUGUGUGGAUUGGCACGGGGAGCUUGGAAACAGUUCGGGGAGGCGCUGCAGGUGGAGAUAGAGGCGCUGUUUCCCGAGCAGACCUCGGCGGCUAGUAUAGAGCCGGCGGACGCGGCACGCUGCGACGCGUGCGUCAGUUUUCUUGUUGGGUUUGGCGCGGCAAACGAGCGCCGCGCGGUAGCCGUGAGCGGCGACGCAAUUGCGCCGUGGAGCGCCGUGCUGGGGCGGCUGCUGACGCUACACGCAGGCAGCGAGGAAUACGGCGCGCAGGCAGCGGCCGCGCUGCGCCACAAUGUGGAUAGCAUUGUCACUUGUGCGUGCGAGAACGACGAGCUGGAUGGGCGGCUAUGGGCGCUGGUGUUACGGGCACCGGAACCGACGCCUCGCACGUGGGCGUUUCCGGAGCGCAUGAAGCUGCUGCUGCGGUUUCUGGCACGCGGCAAGCUGACGCCGCGGCUUCGCGAGGAGAUGUGCGGGGAGGCGUACAGCGGGGCCGUGCUGCGUGCGCUAGGCAGCAGCGUGCACGAGGAGCGGAAAGUGGGGCUGUCCGUGCUGAAGCUCACACUGCAUCUGCUGCCGGAGGGCGCGGGGUUUGGCGCGCGGCACGCGGUGGAGCACACGGCGCUGCUGGAGAUGUGGCGCAGGUUUGUGACCUGUUACGAGAUCGUGGCGCUGGACACGGCGCUGAACCAGCUAGAGGCAGCAUCCGCGGAUGUUCUGACACUGUUUGAGAGCGAUCUGGAGCGUGGGUGGCCGCAGGUGGUGAUCCUGACGGGCCUGCAUGCGACGAUGGAGUCUGUGCGUAAGUUCUGUCUCGAGUUGAUGUUCCGGGUGCGCGACCGUUCGGCGUUCGACAUUGCGGCGCUACCGGUGCUGUUGGGCGCGGCGCUGCAGGCGCCCAACUUUGUUGUGGCGGGAGGGCGGUGCGUCUUUGGCGAGAAGCUGUCGGCCUUCGUGCGGGACGUGCUGCUGGCCGCUGGCGUUGACGAAUGCGCGGACGCGCGUCUGUCCGAUGGCGUGCUAGCGGUGCUGCGCACUUUUGAGCGCGAUGCAUAUUCCUUUGACGCCGCACGAAUAUAUGUGUCUCAUGGUGUUCUGCUGGCGCUGCGGGCGCACAAUGGGUGCGUGCUCACCGAUGAGCACUUGCGUCUUGUGCGUCUUGUGCUCUCUGCAGCCGGGGAGGAGCCUGUCUUUGAUUCAACCCUGCAGGCGCUGUGGCUUGAGAUUUCCCUCUUUGCGGGCCCCAGCAGCACUCUACCAUGCCUUUUCGGGGUGCUUGGCUCACAUGCCGCGCGCUAUGGUUACGGGCUGUUGGUCCCACUGCUAUCACAAUAUAGAACAUUUCUAGCGCCGUAUGAUAAGACGGCGCUAGCUGGAUGUAAUGAGGUUCUCGUGUACUUGGCAUAUGGUGUCGAACCGGAAUCCGUUACCCAGGAGUUUCUCGUGGGGAUUGCGAAAGCAGGUAAAAGUAAGGCAUUCCAAGCGCAUUACGAAUCGUUUAUUCAGCAACUUGCGAACCUCUCUUUGAAAGAAGCAUGUUCAGAAUGUGACAUAUUGGUGAGUGACGGGUGCGUGGACCAGAUGAUUUACACGCAGAUUGACCUUCGGCCUGUCUUUGGGGAGUUGCUGUACCAGUUCAAUCUCGGGAGGCUGCAAUUCUUUGUUGCUGUUUUCCGUCGUGCGGUAGCUGCGAACAAUGUAAAACUUGUUCUUACCGCCGACGAUCUCGCCGCGCUGUAUGCGCAUCUGAAGUCUCAGUUUAAGGUUGGUGCUGUGCGCCUGAAGGACAGCUCGUACGCAGCCUUUUUUCAAUUGGCUCGGGAGGUGCUCACUCAACGAUUGAACGCUCAAGAAGGUGCUAGUGAUGUGGUAGACGUCAUUCUUUCAUUAGCCGAAUCCAACGUAUCCGCUGACAAUGACAAUUACAUGGCAAACCUACAAAUUACCAAUGUUUUGCAGUAUAUCAUGGAUAAUGGAAUAGCUUUGUGCAUUGACCUUUGCGCUGUCUUUGUCGAGAAGCUUGUUGCGAUCACGGACAGCAUAUGGCAGUCGCUAUUAGGAGAGAGGCUGGUUCUCAACCAGAAAGACCUACACCUGGGUAUCAUUAAAACCCUGUUCCACGCCGUUGUUCUCAAGGAUGCCACUGAUGACAGUGAGCUUUCCAGCGUUCUUCGGGACUGCGGGCAGGACUUCAUCCGCCAGGCGGCCUCGAGACGCAGCUUGCUUCCUUGUCUGACGCUCUCCAUCAAGACCUUUCUACUAGGCCAGCCUUCAGACGCCGACCGUUACAUGUGGCUAACCGAGCUGCUCAUCUCAGUAUUCGUUCACACGCAUGAAAACGUCAACGUAUUCAAACUGAAGCCCGUGGUAGCCGAGUUGUUCGACAAGCACUUUACCUUGGUAGAGGCAGAAAAUGGGCUGUAUCAGCAUAUCUACGGCAUUGAGGAAAUAUCUACUAAAGUCCAUGUCAUAUCCGCGCUAAUCGGUGCACCAGCAGGAUUCAGGCGUGGUGUUGUUGAACAACUGCUCCAGAACGACUCCAAUCUUUUGAAACCCAAUAAGAGGACUAAUGGCCCGGAGGAGAUAGAACGGCUUGGAAAAUGGCAGCUGCUGCUAUUGAGCAUGAAGUCCAUUGAGAAUGACAUGCUGAUUCUUUACGUUUCAGACCACAUUCUCCCAAACCUGUUCGAGGAACCAUCCCCGUUGGUCAGGAUUUACUCGGAAUGGAUUGUUGCGCACUCAUUGUUCUGUUCCUAUUAUAAUCGGGAUGUCGACAAACUUGAAGGCACGCUAAUUGCCGCGGCCAAAAAUCAGACGAGGCCCGCGGUCGUUGUGAGCGCUCAAAAAAUACUAUAUCUGACUCUGGUAGCAUUGAAGAGGAUCUGCGUGCCUUUUCGGCUUUUGAAUAUGUUUAUUUCUGUGUUAGUGCCGAACUGCGCCUCCAACAAGCCGUUGAUCAGACAUUUUUCGAACUCCUUGAUUCUAUCCCUAUGGCCGGAAUUUCGAGCAAUUUUGACCGGCGACACUGUAUGCGGAAUAAUGGAAAAUCUCUUUUCAGAAGCGAAAAAAACCCAAUCGAAGGGCCAGUAUAGGGCGGGCGACGCGAAUAUCUGGGACCUUCACGACGACUUUAAUUUAACUAGCAUUUUUGGAGGCGUGGUCAUGAAAGUUACCGACCAUUGUGUACCCUAUAUCUCAAGUGCGUACUUCACGCGGUACCUGGAUAGCACAACUAGCAUCCCGGUGGGCGUGGACGAAAGCAAGAAGUGGCUGUCGAAGCGCAAGCGCCAGAUCCAGGAGGAGCGUUCGGUCGAGACCAAACGCGAUUCGCCCCUGCAGACUAAAAGCGGAACCUGGGAGACGGUUCUGGAUUUCGAUAGUAAUACCCCGCAAGACGCUGUGAAACGCUCAGACCUUAUAGUGGUCGCUUCUUUGGUGGACAAGCCCCCUAACUUGGGCGGCAUCUGCAGGCUUUCGGAUGUGUUAGGAGUGGGACUCAUGACAGUGCACGAUCUGCGGGUAAAAAGCCAUCCACAGUUCAAAAAUGUGGCGGUAACCGCGGACCGCUGGAUGCCUAUAGAAGAGGUCGCUGUCGCGGAUAUCGCGUCAUUCAUGAGGCAGAAAAAAUUGGAGGGCUACACGCUAAUCGGAUUGGAACAAACGGACAAGUCUGUCCGGCUGGACGCCGCAUUCCACUUCCCCCGGAAGUCGCUCAUACUCCUGGGCACCGAGGCUGAGGGUAUUCCCGGCUAUCUCCUUGUCGAGCUCGACAUGUGUUUGGAGAUCAAACAGCACGGCGUGAUCAGGUCGAUGAACAUUCAGACUGCCACCGCCGUCGUCGUCCACUCGUACGCCGUCCAGCACAUGUAG